AUGUCGUUGGAAGUUCGCGACGCUCCAUUCGUCCUGGGGCGGCAACAAGAUGCAGCCAAACUGCAGUUUCAUUUGAGCACUUGCUCGCAGGGCUACAAAGCGUGCUUGCACUGCAGGUUCGCUGCAGGGUAUCUAGGUCGGUUGGCCAAGAAGGCAUCCGGCUUGAAGCCUCCGAACCGAGAACGUUCCUGGAAGCACAAAUGCACCUUUGAGCUGGGGGGUGAUCAGGUGACAUGGUUGGUUUGUUUGGAUGAGCCACUCCAAGUUGGUUGCUAUGUUUGCCACCGAGCCGGCGUCAAGUCAGCGUUUGGCAAUUUGAAAGUGAGCAUCACAGAAGAGGCUCUCCAAAUUGCAAAUUUCCAGAACCAUGCGAAGUACAAAGGGCAUGUCAGAGCUUUGCAAAAACUUGCUGCGGUGGAGCCUUGUGGUUCGUUGCCUCCGGUCGCUGAGCAGGUUGACGGGCACGUAAGCGGUUUGCCUUUGAAUGUCCCUCGCAUUGAUCGGUGGGUCUCAGCUGUGGAUCUUUUGGUCGCCAGGGCUGGCUACCGGCAAGGCACUGGGCGAGUUGAAGGCGGCAGUGUGGGCUCUGCUCUGAUGGCGGGUGGAGAUGGCAGCAGCAAGGUCAUGAAGCAGAUGCUUGAAUGCUUGCGCAGUGGGUUGGAUUUGGUUGACCUUCAAAGAAUGAAGAAAGCAGUUUCUGCCUCCAUUGCAAUAGACAAAGGCCAUGGCCACCUGGUGGUCUAUGGCCGCAUCCUUGGUCCGGACGGCUUGCAUGACUUCUUUUUGGGCCUUGGAGCUGAUGCGGUGCCUGAUUCUAAUGAGCCCGACCCUAGUAGAGCUGUGCUGAGGUCGCUCGAACAGGUUGUAAAGCGAGCUUGCAUGGUGCGUGUGGCAGCUAGGCGGACAAACUCUUUGUACGAGAGCCCAGAGGACUAUUUCGAUGAUAGUACCUACCAGCACUUCAGAAAAUGUGUUGUUUCCAUGGUUGCCGACGGCGCCUACACAGAGCAGAGGGCCCUCUAUGAAGCAUCGCCCCUGGCUGGCGAGUUAGGUGGUUCUGCGCAGGAUUGCCUCUUUCCAUGUUGCAAACUCAUCACUAGAGACCGGGCCCAUCGCUGGCGAUCAGUUGAUCGUGGGUUCCGGGGCUCAUUGCCAUCAACUUUCCAGGACUUUCUGAGCAAGUUAGUGACGGGCGAGAGAUCUUUAGCGAGAAUGCUGGAAACCUCCGAGAAAUUCGCAAGAGCAUUUCAAGCAAAGCAAGCGGAAUCAGAUGCUCCUGGUUUUGCAAGGGUGCUCCGCUCCUUUGGUUACAGGGAACAGAGGUUUGAUUCCCGCAAGCGACCUCUUUUUCGGCUUUUCAAAAUGUUGAUGAUUUGCAUCGAGUUGCUGGAGGAUGUGGCAACUGCUGGCGGUCCUUUUGAUGAAAGCGACCAAGCCUGGGCCACUAAGCUUCUGGAAGAUUUCGGAGGAGACGCUGGCUUUUGCCGUGUUGUCGGUGCGGCUGUGGCCGCCGACGCCCUCGUGAUUGCGUGGCCUCUGGCGCAAGUCAAUGAUGAAGCGAGGUCGGAUUAUUCACUUGAAGGACCGGCAGCCGCCAAAGUCUUGCUGGAGUUGAAGCUUCUUCUGGCAGAUGGAGGGCUGUUCCUGCCAGAGGCAUCAGCCACUCUGACACAUUCUGUCUUGAGCGCGGUCAAGGAGCGCAUGGUGUGGUGUGGCAAGGGCACGGCCACUUGCAAAAUGAUACCAAUUCGUUGGCCUCGUUUGGAUACACCAGCCCGCUGUGAGCCACUUCGGAUUGCAAGGGAAUUUUACAAGAUCUUUGAAGCCUUUAAGCUGCCGCAGGAAGCCAACGCCUUUGCUGCCUUCAACUUGUCUGAAGAGAUUUCCAUGGCGAAUCGAGAGAAGUGGAUCAAGGUCCUAGCCGAAAGAUUCAACCUUGACGGCGCUCAAGCUUGGCGCUCUUUCUUUGGCAACGGGGAAUCAACAGGCUUGCUUCUCCGAGCCAAAUGGCAUUUUCUUCACGGUGGCCAAGACGCUGCUUCAAAGCCAGCCUCGUGCCAUGUUCCUGAAUCUGCUCACCAGGCUGAGUGCGAAGACAUUUUCGAGAGCUCUUUCGUGUGCCACAUGAAUUCGGUGCAGAACCCAAAGCGUUUUGUAGAGGAUGUAAGCCUGAAGGAGCAGCCGACUUGGGAAGCGACGUGUGCACACAUCGUUGCUCGCCGACCACGUUUUGGACUCUUGGAAAAUGUCAUGGGCUUGAUGCAGCUCGGCGAUGGAUAUAUUUUGUAUGCCAGUGGAGGUGGUAAUUCCGACAAGCUUCUGAACUCUUUGCUCGAGCGACUGCGUGGCAUUGAAGGCUAUACAGUUGCAGCCAGCUUGGCCACAGCCUUUCCCUUGCCAGCUGACAGGAACCGGUGCUUGAUCUUCAUCAGUCGCGAUGAGUGCCAUCCCGCCGAGAGGAACACAUGUCUGGAAGAUUGUCCCCAAGGUGAACUCCUCAAAGCUGGGGCUGGGCAAACUGCUCUAGAUGAUGCCCAAGAUACGGCCGACUAUUUCGGAUACUUCUCAAUAGCCUUAGAGAAAGCCAUCAGCAACCAUCGACUUCCGGCUGAUGCCAAAGUAUGCCCACGCGAGCAGCGCCCAAGCAGUACGCAUGCCUCGCUAGAGCAAGACACCUUGGGCCCGUGCACAAGCUGA